AUGGCCAAUACCAGAAUAGGCCUGCGCGCCCUCCGCCCGUUGACGUUGACAGUCUGCGCAUCGUGUAGGCGGCCUUUUUCGCAGACUGCGCGCGCCCUCGCUGGCCCCCAGAAAGAAGAGAAGUCGCUCGACUCGCUCUUGUCCACCGUCGAUGCCAGCUACAGGAGCGCCGACUACCAAAACAUAAUUCCUGCCGGGUCUGAAGGGGACUACAAGAACACCAUGUUCAGGGAGUGGGAGGAAGAUGAGAAGCACAAGCUCAACGUCUACGCAACCAAGCACAACACGCACAUCACGCUCGCGAACCCGAAGCGCGACUCUCUCAUCUCGGUCUCGUGCGGCAACAUCGGGUUCCGCAAGGCCGGACGCGGAACCUACGACGCAGCCUACCAAUUGGCGGCCUUUGUCAUGAGCAGAAUCAAGGACAAGGGCCUGCUGCCACAGAUCAAGCAGCUCGAGCUGAUCUACCGAGGAUUCGGCCCCGGGAGAGAGGCGGUCACAAAGGCUAUUCUGGGAGCAGAGGGAAAGCAGGUCAGGCCGCUGAUUAUCAAGCUGUCUGAUUCGACAAGACUGAAGUUUGGAGGUGUGAGGAGCAAGAAGCCCAGGAGGUUGGGUUAG